UAUUUUAAAUGUUAAACCUUAAGAAAUUGACUAACCACAGUUAAUCAUUUUCUUCACAUUCGACUAUCAUUCGUUAAUUUCUUAAAGCUUAAGGCUUUAAGUAUUUAUUGUGAAUCGGACACUAUUGUGGACCGACACUUAGUGCGAAAAAGAAUAAAAGAGAGAAUUAUUCCUAACCUUCGAAUGUCUGAAUCUAUAAAAUAAAAUAUUCUAUUCAUAUAUCAGCAUUCAUAUAUAGCGAAGAGCAACAGAUUUUUACGAGAUUAUUUUACUUAUAGCACAGGUCUCCUACGUCUCCACGUCCUGAUAUCCUAAGGAUAGAAGGAAGGACUUGGUCGUUGAAGGUCGUUGAGAUCGAAUCCGUGCAGGAACACGAAUAUUUGCAUAUAAAGUGCGACACAGCUUACCGACAGUCAGGAAACUGCUUAAAUUAAAAUGAGAAUAUAAUUUUGUUUACCAUCGCCAGGUAAUAUAUGACUGAAAAAAUUGUUCUUUAAGUUAUCCAAGGUUUGAAUAACAAGCGUGGUUUGGCAUGAGAAGCACAACUAAAAUAUCAAGCUCUCGAUCUCUGUUCAAGCAUUGAAGAAAAGUCUUACUAAGCAGCGAAAUAUUCAAAAUGGAAACUAUAUCGCGGGCAACAAUUGCAGAAGCACUCUCUUUCUCUCUCUCUCUCUCUGCCCCUCCACCGUGAAAGCGGUAUCUCCUCACUGAUGGAAGAAUGACGGAUGGGCAGAAACGGUUCUCCAGAACCGAGACGGCGAAGCAGAUAUGUUCUCUCGCUAAAGCAAAAAAAGAACUGAUUGCCUCACGCUCAUAUUCCCCCUCCCCCCGUUUCUUCGCCAAACUUUGGAAAAGAUUCGCUGUUACUCCAGGCUAUGCUCGUAAAGAACCCCGAUCCGAAUGAUGGAGGUCUUCAUUUGCAAUUUAACCUCAAGGUCGCAAAAAUUUUUGAAACAAACUUUUAAGAAGCAACAGCUAGUUCCAAUCGGAACCUUCAUCGUGCACGAGAGUAGGAUGGACUCGCUGUUUCUAGAAGAGCGAUGUCGCUUCUCCUGUGAGGAGGUGGUUCUUCAAAUGGAAAGACAAACGGUUCUCAAAAACCGGGACUGCGAACCAGGUAUGUUCUUUCAUUAGGGCAAAGAGAAAACAUAACCGAUAGACUCAUCCGUAUAUUUUUCUUCGCAUAUCUGCCAGGCAACUCUGCCUCGGGGAGAAACUCGCCAAAGUUUGGGAGAAAAUCUUUGUGAAACAACAGAGAGCCUUUAAUGGAACCUCUAUUGUGAACGAUGGCAAAAUAGACUUUCUGUUAUCCCGAGAAGAGUGGCAAUGUUGCUUCUAAAUUGAAGAAAUGUGAAGAAAGAAGUUAGUGAUUUUCAAAUUUGAGGCAUCCAACCAGAUAUGUCAUAUUAUAUCUAGACCGAAUUUUGAAGCAGAAGUUGAAAUAGAGAACUGACUCUCUCCAGGCGUCGAUUGAAGACAUCCUCGACCUGAAUGUCAAAAUGUGAAGCACGAUUCGGAACAAAUGCAGAUUGUAUUAGUUUAUCUAAAACAUUUCAAGCAUUUGGAUUCAAAAUUUACCAGCUUGAAAAUUUAAAGAAAACAGAAAUGAUAGAUAAAAUAAAGAAUAUUCCAAAUGAACAUGGCAUUAGCUAUGACUGUUUGUUUCUUUGCAUUUUAAGUCAUGGAUAUAAAGGAGGUAUAAUUACAUCAGACGAAAAAGAAGUUUCAUUAGAAAUGAUUGAAAGAACUCUUUGUUGCAUGGAAUUAAAGAAUAUUAUAAAAAUUGUUAUUAUCCAAGCGUGUCAAGGAAAAACAUGUGGUAGCAUAUAUAUACAAAAGGACAGUAAUUAUUUAACAACGGAUGGCAUAUGUGAUCCUUCCAUACCUGUAUCAGAGGAUAUACGCCAGUUUGAAAAUUUUUUUAUGUUUAUGUCAACAAUACAAGGCUUUGUAUCAAUACGUCACAAAGAAGAAGGCUCGUGGUUUAUACAAGAAGUCUGCAAAAUCUUUCAAACUUAUGGAAGCCAGAUAACAUUCCUAGAAUGUGUCCGAGAAAUAAUGACAUCUAUGCGAAAGAAACAAGGGACGAUAGGAAAAAGUCAAGUUGCACAACUAUCAGAAAUACGUCAAGAUCGUUUAUAUUCUGAUUUUCAGUUAAAGAAUAUAGUUGAAAGAAAAGAAAAAGAAUAUGAUUAAAUCUGUUAUUUUAAACUACUACUAGUAUUUUGCAAUUAUUUUGUCGUACUGUUUAUAUUUCACAAUCAACAUAUAAUAAUAUAAUAAUGUUAUGAUGUACACAGAUUUAUGCUUUAUUGAUUUUAAUUGAUUUUAAACUACUACUAGUAUUUUGCAAUUAUAUUGUCGGAUUAUUUAUAUUUCAUAAUCAACAUAUAAUAAUAUAAUAAUGUUAUAUUGUACGGAGAUUUAUGCUAUUCAUCUUAUGAUUUAUAAUUUAUUUUUCUUAUGAUUUAUAAAUUUAUAAAUAUACAUAACGAAAAUAAGAGAAAAAGAAAGGAGUAAAGAGAGAGAGAAAGAGAGAGAGUUUUAUAUAAGUGAUACAAAUGAAACAGAGUAAUCCUUAUUCUUUUCUUGAACUCGUAUAUACUACUUACAACAAUUAAGGGAACAUUUGAUACUUCAUCAAAAAAUAGGUAAAAUUUAGGUAGCUAUAACUUUAUCAAAAGUUAUCGAAAUAUAAUUAUAAAAAAAGUUUUAAAGUCUCUAUUUCUGAACAACCUAUAUUGUUUGAAUUUAUUUUAAUUUUGAUCAUUUUUACUUAUAAACUGCGAACUAGGCAAGUAGACAAUUUUCUUAUCACUUUAAGGAGUGUCACAAGCGCAAGAAAAAAUCAAAUUAAAUAAAAUUUUCGACUUUUCUGUUUUAAAAGUUAAUGUUUUCUCUAUAAUUUACUUUCGAACGAAAUUUUUCUACAAUUUCUUGUUUCGAGUUAACAAGGGUAAAAAAAUGGUCACUUUGAAUUUAAUUGCUUUUUACUCUUAAAAAUCAUCUUACCGAAAUUUGGAAACUUAAAUAUUGGAAGUUGAAACUUUGCAAUUAUUAAAUAGUAUAAUUUCCGAUUUGUUCUUAAAUAUUUAUGAAUAAAAAUAAUACAAAUAACAAUAUGUCAUCCGUUGUUAGAUAAUUACUCUGCUUCUUUUAUACACAUAUAUGCUACUUAAAAAUGACAAUAACAUAUUGUUAUAUAUAUAUGUGUGUGUGUAAAUGUAUUUAACAAUACAAAUAAGCGAAAAUAUCGUAAAAAUUCGCAACUUUUCACCUUUUCAAUCAAAUCCAUGAAAUGAUUAUAUUGAACAUUAUAAUCCCAGUAGGCAAAUUGACCGCAGACUGCGUGCAAAUGAUUGGUUGCAAAUUUGAUCAGAAUGCCACAUCAAACCAUAACCAUCUGUGUUCAUGUUCAGCUCGUGUUUUGACGACAGAGCCUGUUAACAGACAAUACGAACAGAUUGGCAGCAAAAAUUGCGCUGAGCCUGUCGCCAAACUGCCCGCAGUAAGAUAUGUUCGGUUUUUACCACCGUAUCUGUCAUCAGAUCGCUACUCAGGCUCUGCUCGGUUUCUACUGCCAAUCUGCUUGUAUUGCCUGUCAACAGCCUGUCGCAUUUCUGGCAGCAGUUGGGUAACAUAAUGUGGUACAGAACAGAACCUGUGUUAGAUUCGUUACCUUUCUACCAUUAAAAAUUUUUAACAGGCUCUGCUCGAAAUCUGUUAAUACAAGUUUGGCUAUUUAGGAUGUAAGGUUAUACUAUAAGGUUAAUGUAUACCAGUAAACCAGUAUAAGGUUAUAUUAUAAGGUUAAUGUAUACCAGUAAACCAGUACCAUUCUCAUUAAAAUGUAUAAGACUGUAACCUCCCUAUAAUUUUAUUAUAAUGUUCGAUUCCGUGAGGGUGUGUGCGCACAUGCUUAUUCGCAGCAGCAUGCAUCCUACACGCUCAAGUAUACACAUACGCACGCACAUACAUACUCAUACACGUACACAAGUAUGCAAAUCCGACCGAAUAACCUCCACAUAGUGCAUACUGGGUAAUGCAAAUUCCGGCGAUAUUUUUUCUUCGCGAGAAGAUACGAUUUUUUUCUGUUCCAUUCCUCUUCAUUCAUCGCCAGAACAAAAUCUUAGAGAACUUUUGUAGCCCCUCUCCAAUUCCUUCCGUCUCUUGUUCUUCAAUAAUCACUCUCAAAUAAAUCAAUCUAUUGAACUCGUUCUUUUUUGUUUACAUGUCUACGUCUCGUGUCAUGAAAAAGUCGUCAAAUUCGAAUCUGCAAGUCACCAUCUAUACUCCUAGUCCACCGAAGACUCGUGUAAGGACAGCAUAUUCAUGAAUUUGAUGCUUUGAAUGUCAGAAUUGCAUCGCUUUCAUCUCUUGGUAUAUUUCAAGUGAUAUUCUUGAUAAAUUUUGUAUUUAGUUUCGUAAUGUAGCAAUUUCAGGAACAUCGUCGAAUAACACCUCAAUCAUCGAAAAAUGUCAAAUCCCAUGUAAAUCGCCCCUUCUUUGAUUUAUUUU